AUGCCAAACCCGCCGGCUAAAGAGGACACUUGGGCUUUUGGACCGAUUGGUUCGCCAUUUCCGGAUAAUCCAGUCCGAGCUACCGGACAGCAAAAUAUGUAUGUGGCCUUAUGGUACAAGCACGGCAAACCAAUACAUGGACGAGCGUGGAAUAAUGGCGGUGUUAUCGAGUGCUCGUUCCCGUAUAUCAAGGCGGAACUGACUGGUGCCAAAGAUCUUGGCGGACAGAUUCAGGUAUUGCAAUACAAAGGCGAUCACUUAACGUUAGGUUUCUGGUAUAAUUGGAUUAAAUAUAAGGAUCGAUUUGAAAAAUUUGAAAAAGGAGCUGAACUGUUGCGCUGUGGUGAUUCAUUCCCUAUCUUCUGGCAUGAUCGAAAAGAAGGACCCCUACUCGGUUACGUUGAUAAUAAAACUGAAAUCGCGCGAUUUUCACAUGACGGAAAAGUGGAAGAGUUUUCGGGUGGUGCAUUGAAUGAUAUGCUUAUUAUUGUGCGAGAACUAAAAGGUGGACCACCGAAUUGUGUUUGUCACGAAUGCUGUGCUGGACCACCGAAACCGGUUGUUCGUGUUACGCUUGAUGAGUGGGCCGAUUUCCGUUACGGUGAUCCAUGGCCAACAACUGGCAAAUUGGUCCAGGCUCUCGACCGCUCUCUCAAUACUCUGCCUGGUGAGAAUCCGAAUCAGUACGUGGCGUUGUGGUACCAGUCUGGUGAACCAGUUAUGGGUCGUAUUUGGAAUGAUGAUGGCAAAAUUGCUGCUUGUUUUGGUUGGGGUGGCCAUGAAUAUCGCAAAAAUAUCGGUUCCAUCCAAGUUUUAUUCGAACUUCCGGAGAAAAUACGUGGUUUCGACUACUCCUGGAAACCGUUUAAAGAAGCAGCUCAAUUUGGUACAAGGGAAUGGAUUCCAGUACACGUGGAUCAUCAUAAGGGAAAUAUUUCUCCUGCCGUUUUAAUUAUCGACGGCAAAGAAAUUCUUGGUAAAGCUGAUAUUCGUAACGAACGUGCCACGGUAGGCCACGGCGGGAACGAGAAAAUUUACGUCGGUCCUGCAGUACAUACAUGCGUUGUUUUAUGUCGAAAAGCAAGACCCGAUGAUGGAAGGACGAAACCUUAUCCGAGAAAUGAAGCACAACAAUCAUUGAAAGGCGAAGAUCUUUGUCUGUUUCGAGUGAAACUUGGUGGCAAGAAAAUUAGCACUGUG